GAUGAGAUUGAUUUCGUGCGGUUGAAUUCCAUCAACAGUCUCUGCAAGAUUGGUGCACAAUAUCCCAUCGAAUUGGAUUCUGAAUUAUUGCAAAUUACACUUAGUGUACUUAACGAUUCUGAUCCUAGGGUUCGAGAGUCAACACAUGGAAUGUUAGGAGUUGCAAAGCUAAAAUCUCCUGAUUUAAUACCCAUUUUUAUUAAAUCAUUAUUAGCCAGUAUGACUAGAUAUCCUGAAGAUCAAUUGUCAAUUUAUCAAUGCUUUAGACGUGUUGGAUCUACACAUGGCGAUUAUAUUGAACGUUUUGUUCCAAAAUUUUUUAAAAUGGAAUCAAGCUAUAUAUCCAGAGAAAUCAAUCAAAAUGCACCUGAACAUGUUGGACAUUUGAUUCUGGCAUUCAAUGCGUCAAUUUCAAAUCCCAAAAUAUUGUCCAUGCUGCCUUCAUACACCAAUCGGCAUUAUGAGUACCUUCGUAUUAAAUUUCCACAAUGCUUUCCGGAUGUUAAGAUUCCCGGUGAAAUUCCCAAACAAAGUAUUCAAUCUACAAACCAUGGUGAACACAUACAAUCAUUUAUGGAAAAUACAAUAAAAGCUGUCCUCGAAUUGGAACGUUUGUUCAAGGUUAGAAACUUUAAAGCUGCACUGCGGGGCAUCAAAUGUUGUAAAAGCAAUUUGAAAUAUAUAUCGCAUGUACCCUUGUUUUCUGGCAAUGCUAAAUUCUUCUUAAAGUAUCUAAGUUGUAUAAAGGCCCUUAUUAAAAUUAAACAAGCAUACAUGGGAGUAAAUUCUAUAAACUCUGAGACAGAUACAGCAAUAAAUUUGUUAACGCUUUCUUAUAUUAUGGAAUACGGAUUUUGGGGGCUUGAAAGUUCGGCCCGACAAUUUUUGGUUCAUAUAAGAGUAUUUGCUCAUGUUGCUUGGUUUUUAAGUCAUUUGGCAAAAAACUCUGAUAAAUUUUUGACUCAUGGUCAAGUGGCAUCUAUGAGCCAACAAACGCUCCUGAACUCCUUUAACAAACGUGUGACAGACGUGCAAAGACAAUUCGAAGGGCAUGAACCUUUGAUAGAUGAAAAUGAAGCAUAA